AUGCGGUACAAGGUGCCGAUCUCCCAGACGUACGAGCGGAGCACUGACUCAUUUCAGUACGAGCUCUACGUUCUCGGGCCGUGCUUCGUGAUUGGCCUGCUUUGCACUGAGGAGUACACGAUACCAGACAUCCUGUGGUCCACGUCCAUCUGGCUCGAGAGCGUCGAGAACCUCACGGCGGACUUUGUGGGGACCCUGGGCGCCUACCGGUUCUUCUACAUUCUCAAUUGGAUAUACCGGUAUUUCGCAGAGGACCUCGCAGGAGUAGAAGUCGGUGUCCUCUUGCCCCCCCAGGACUACGUCAACGUGGUCGGAUGGAUCGGGGGGCUCGUUCAGACGGGCCUGUAUUGCGAUUUCUUUUACUAUUAUGCGAAGAGCAAGUGGUACGGCAGCAAGCUGGUGCUGCCAGUGAGCGGCGACGCGGCAUGA